CAGCAGUGGUCUCCAGAUAGCCUUGAAGAAAUAAAUAAAAUGUACAGCUAAAAGUGGCGUGACACUCUCGGUGCGGUUGCAAAUACAAAUCUCGAAAAAAAUUUAAAUCAGUAUCGGCGACAUUGUGUCCCUAAACAUUUAUAUUAAGCAUGUAUAUUAUGAUUUGUUAUUGUUAGUGCUAUUUCGGUGAUCACUAUCGUAUAAGUGGUUCGACGUGAUUGAAAUUUUAUCUCCUAAUUAGAUUUGGUAAUGGAAUGUCAAAUACCUUACUUUUAUCGAAGGAUAACCUUAUCGGCUGUGUUCAGUGGAUGCCUUUAUUUUGCAUCUAGUGGGUUACUUGAUUUGUGGAGCACACCGAGGGACCGUUUUGAGUUCUUUUAAUCGAAUUUAGAAUUUUGAGUGAGAUGUAAAAUUUUUUAGAGUGCAUAGUUUGCGGAGAAAAUACGUGAGCAUAUCUUGCGGAUUUUUUUUUUAAUUACACCCUCUCUUAAAUAUUUCUAGUGCAAAUAAUAUAGUCUUAUAGAUUGAACUAUUUGUGCCUGGUCUGGGACGUAAGUUUCGUGGUGACUUCUACAGUAUUGAUGGAAGACGACUGGAGAGAUGUUUACGAUUUGAUGGGCUAGGCUCGGCUCGGAAUGACGACGGUGGGCGGCAGCGCGCCGCCGGAUCCGGACCGCGCCGAGGAGAAUGCUCUGCGCGAGUAUUACGAGAACACUGACUUCCUCUUCUCUGCGGAAGGAAUCCUCAAAGUCAUCUCUGUGGUCGCGUGCAUCGCCGUGGCCGCGUUCCACCUGGGGUCGGGUGAGGCGGGCUGCGGCGCGGCGCCUCCGCUGCCGGCGGCCGCGGCGGUGGCGGCGCUGGUCGCCGCCGGCAGCGCCGCACUGCUCUACGCCGGCACCGCGCUGCAGCUGCCGCUGUGUGCGCCGCAACUCUGGCUGUUCAUGGACCUGAUAAUCUCGGCGGUGCUGGGCGUGCUGCUGCUGGUGAUGGCCAUCCUCAGUCUGGUGUUCUGCGAGACCGCCAACGCCAUGGGCUUCCUCAAGGCGGUGAGUCACACGGCCGAUGGGCUUGGCGGUGGCCGGCACGGUGGUGGGCAGCGCGGGCGUGACGUUCGCGGCGGUGUCUCGCCGCUGGGACGCCCCACAGCGCCCCGCGGGCCCCGCGGGCCCCGCGCGCCCCGCGCCCCCGGACCUCGACGUCUAGAGGACUCCGGUCUCCGCCUCGGCCCUUCUUCCUUUGCCCACUAGGAUCUCCUGGGAGAACUCAGUUCGUUAGAAUCCCUCGUGGUAUAGAUAAAAUAUGAAAAGCCUUCUGUAGUAAGUUUUGGUAGUGAAUUAUUUUUCUGUACAUCCAAUAGAUUAUCCUAUUCGAACCUUGUGUAUAUGGCACAGAAAAAAACUUCUUUUUUGAUAAACUAGAUUGAUAGAAAAGUUAUUGGCUAUGCUUUUCUUAUGGAUAGAGACAGACAUACGAAGUUUAGACGUAAUUUGUACCUUGUUCUACUUUGUACCUACUCACACAGUGGUUCACCCAUUUUUUUAUUCAUUUAAAUAUUGUGCUUAGUUCUUAGUCUAUUUUCCUAUACUUUGAAAAUUGUAUUAAUCCAUGUGACUAUGUGAUGUAAAAUUAAGUUCAUAUGUACAAGUACCAGCAAAGUAUGAUUUCCUAAAUAUAAAUAUUAGAAAGUACAAUAGUACAAGUACAUCGUUUUAUUGAAGCACUGAGGCUGUUGGUGUGUCUUUACUUUCAUCUAAUUAUUUAUUCAGUCUGUCAACUACUGUUGCCACAAUGUUGUUAUGCAAUAAUUAUACAUUCUAAUACAAGCCAUGCAUAUUGAGGGCGAGUGGCUCACUUUCACAUUGAUAAGCCUAAUCCUAACAAUAUUAAGAUUUGAGUCAAUAUAAUUGCCAGAUUGUUUGCUAUAUUGUAACUCAUUUUCCUAAUAUAAAUAAAACAAAAAAAACAAAGUUUCAGAAGCUAAUUUAUGGUUUUUCCUUUGGGCCAAGGGAGUGAGUGAAGAAAAUAAAAUUUGCAUAAACAUUAAUAAACAAGGUAUAAUAUUGCAACUCCAAAAUGAUAACAUUUAGUUCACAAUCAUUAAUCUUACAAACAUUCUGGUUUCACGCUGUCAUGGACUCUUUGGUGACCGAUAAUUUCAUUGUUUAUCAUUUACUAUGUCUUGCAUUCAUUAAGUAAUUUUACUUUUACCUUAUCAACUAAUAGAUAUUAAAUAUUUUGUACAUAUGAAGCAUAUCAUACCAACACCAUAUAUAUAUAUAUAUA